GGGCGCCCGUGGGGCUGGGCACGCCGAGGGAAGCCCGGACUCUGGUCGGCGCUGCGAGUCACUCUCUCCCCGCAGGCUCCCGGCCCCGCUGAUCCCAGUUUCCCGUCGCCCGCGGUUCGCCGCCCCGCUAGCCGCCGCGAUGCCGGUGUUUCACACGCGCACGAUCGAGAGCAUCCUGGAGCCGGUGGCGCAGCAGAUCUCGCACCUGGUGAUUAUGCACGAGGAGGGCGAGGUGGACGGCAAAGCCAUUCCUGACCUCACCGCGCCCGUGGCCGCCGUGCAGGCGGCCGUCAGCAACCUCGUCCGGGUUGGAAAAGAGACAGUUCAGACCACCGAGGAUCAGAUUUUGAAGAGAGACAUGCCGCCAGCAUUUAUUAAGGUUGAGAAUGCUUGCACCAAGCUUGUUCAGGCAGCUCAGAUGCUUCAGGCUGACCCGUACUCAGUUCCUGCGCGGGAUUACCUCAUUGAUGGGUCUAGGGGAAUCCUCUCUGGCACGUCAGACCUACUUCUCACCUUUGAUGAGGCCGAGGUUCGUAAAAUCAUUAGAGUUUGCAAAGGAAUUUUGGAGUAUCUUACAGUGGCAGAAGUAGUGGAGACUAUGGAAGAUUUGGUCACUUACACAAAGAAUCUUGGGCCAGGGAUGACAAAGAUGGCGAAAAUGAUUGACGAGAGACAGCAGGAACUGACUCACCAGGAACACCGAGUGAUGCUGGUGAAUUCAAUGAACACCGUCAAGGAGCUGCUUCCUGUUCUCAUCUCAGCUAUGAAGAUUUUUGUUACAACCAAAAACUCAAAAAACCAAGGAAUAGAAGAAGCUUUGAAAAAUCGAAAUUUCACUGUAGAAAAGAUGAGUGCUGAAAUUAAUGAGAUCAUUCGUGUGUUACAACUCACUUCUUGGGAUGAAGAUGCCUGGGCCAGCAAGGACACUGAAGCUAUGAAGAGAGCGCUGGCGUCCAUAGAUUCCAAACUGAAUCAAGCCAAAGGUUGGCUCCGUGACCCCAAUGCCUCCCCAGGGGAUGCUGGUGAGCAGGCCAUCAGGCAGAUCUUAGACGAAGCUGGAAAAGUUGGUGAACUUUGUGCAGGCAAGGAACGCAGGGAGAUCCUAGGAACCUGCAAAAUGCUAGGACAGAUGACUGACCAAGUGGCUGACCUCCGAGCCAGAGGACAAGGAGCCUCGCCAGUGGCCAUGCAGAAGGCUCAGCAGGUGUCUCAGGGUCUUGACGUGCUCACUGCCAAAGUGGAAAAUGCAGCUCGAAAGCUGGAAGCCAUGACAAACUCGAAGCAGAGUAUUGCCAAGAAGAUUGAUGCUGCCCAGAAUUGGCUUGCAGAUCCAAACGGUGGACCUGAAGGAGAAGAACAGAUUCGAGGGGCUUUGGCGGAAGCGCGGAAGAUUGCAGAAUUGUGUGAUGAUCCCAAGGAGAGAGAUGACAUCCUACGCUCCCUUGGAGAGAUAGCCGCUCUGACCUCUAAAUUGGGAGAUUUACGAAGACAGGGGAAAGGAGACUCCCCAGAGGCUAGAGCAUUGGCUAAACAGGUGACCACGGCCCUGCAGAACCUACAGACCAAAACCAACAGGGCUGUGGCCAACAGCAGACCCGCCAAGGCAGCUGUCCACCUCGAGGGCAAGAUUGAACAAGCACAGCGGUGGAUUGAUAAUCCUACAGUAGAUGACCGUGGAGUUGGUCAGGCUGCCAUCCGUGGACUUGUGGCUGAAGGGCAUCGGCUGGCCAACGUCAUGAUGGGACCUUAUCGCCAAGAUCUUCUUGCCAAGUGUGACCGUGUAGAUCAGCUAGCAGCCCAGCUGGCUGACUUGGCUGCCCGAGGGGAAGGGGAGAGUCCGCAGGCUAGAGCACUUGCAUCCCAGCUUCAAGACUCCUUGAAGGAUCUUAAAGCCCAGAUGCAGGAAGCGAUGACCCAAGAGGUGUCUGAUGUUUUCAGCGAUACCACAACUCCCAUCAAGCUGUUGGCAGUGGCGGCCACAGCUCCUCCUGAUGCACUCAAUCGGGAAGAGGUAUUUGAUGAGAGGGCAGCGAACUUUGAAAACCAUUCAGGAAGGCUUGGAGCUACAGCGGAGAAGGCGGCUGCUGUUGGUACUGCCAAUAAAUCAACGGUGGAAGGCAUUCAGGCUUCAGUGAAGACAGCCCGAGAACUCACUCCCCAGGUCAUCUCUGCUGCGCGCAUCUUACUGAGGAAUCCCGGUAAUCAAGCUGCUUAUGAACAUUUUGAGACCAUGAAGAACCAGUGGAUUGAUAAUGUUGAAAAGAUGACAGGGCUGGUGGACGAGGCUAUCGAUACCAAAUCUCUGUUGGAUGCUUCUGAAGAAGCAAUUAAAAAAGACCUGGACAAGUGUAAGGUAGCCAUGGCCAAUAUUCAACCUCAGAUGCUGGUCGCUGGAGCAACCAGCAUUGCUCGUCGAGCCAACCGGAUCCUGCUGGUUGCUAAGAGGGAGGUAGAGAACUCCGAGGACCCCAAGUUCCGCGAGGCUGUGAAAGCUGCCUCUGAUGAAUUGAGCAAAACAAUCUCCCCAAUGGUGAUGGAUGCCAAGGCUGUGGCUGGAAACAUCUCUGACCCUGGCCUGCAAAAGAGCUUCCUGGACUCAGGAUAUCGGAUCCUGGGAGCCGUGGCCAAGGUCAGAGAAGCCUUCCAACCUCAGGAGCCUGACUUCCCACCUCCUCCACCAGACCUUGAACAGCUCCGACUAACUGAUGAGCUUGCUCCUCCUAAGCCACCUCUUCCUGAGGGUGAAGUUCCUCCACCCAGGCCCCCUCCUCCAGAAGAGAAGGAUGAAGAGUUCCCUGAGCAGAAAGCUGGGGAGGUGAUUAACCAGCCCAUGAUGAUGGCUGCCAGGCAGCUCCACGAUGAAGCUCGGAAGUGGUCUAGCAAGCCGGGUAUCCCAGCUGCUCAGGUGGGUAUAGGAGUUGUAGCUGAGGCAGAUGCGGCUGAUGCUGUUGGGUUCCCUUUCCCCUCUGACAUGGAAGACGAUUACGAACCUGAGCUGCUGUUAAUGCCAUCUAAUCAGCCGGUCAACCAGCCCAUUCUGGCCGCGGCUCAGUCCUUGCAUCGGGAAGCUACCAAGUGGUCUAGUAAGGGCAAUGACAUCAUUGCAGCAGCCAAGCGCAUGGCUCUGCUGAUGGCAGAGAUGUCUCGGCUGGUAAGAGGGGGUAGUGGUACCAAGCGGGCACUUAUUCAGUGUGCCAAGGACAUCGCUAAAGCCUCUGAUGAGGUGACUCGGCUGGCCAAGGAGGUUGCCAAGCAGUGUACAGAUAAGCGGAUUAGAACCAAUCUCUUACAGGUGUGUGAGAGAAUCCCAACUAUAAGCACCCAGCUCAAAAUCUUGUCCACAGUGAAGGCUACCAUGCUGGGCCGGACCAACAUCAGCGAUGAGGAAUCUGAGCAGGCCACAGAGAUGCUGGUUCAUAAUGCCCAGAACCUCAUGCAGUCUGUGAAGGAGACCGUGCGAGAAGCAGAAGCUGCUUCAAUCAAAAUUCGAACAGAUGCUGGAUUUACUUUGCGCUGGGUCAGAAAGACUCCCUGGUACCAGUAGGCGCCUAGCCAGUCAUGGCUGGUAUAUAAGCAUCUGCUAGGGAGAAGAGAAUGAGGAGCUCAGAGUUACUGGGAGUAGAAAUCAAUUCCUGGUCUCACACACCAGAAACGAAUGGGGGCUUCUCACAUAGAAAACAUUUACACUCUUGUCAUGGACA